AUGUUCUCAUCAAUCUCUUUCAAGCUCGAUUGGGUGUCAGUGGUCUCAAAUGCCUCCGCAAGAGUCACACUGAACGUGCCAACACGACAGAAGCAGUCCCACUUUUUCACGGAAUUCAUAGCCUCAAUGAAGCCUUUUGCGGAGAAUCUAUUGAACUGCCCAUUGGUUUUGAUCAAUGGAGAAAUUCGAGAUGAGUCGGAGCAACUCUUCAAAGAUGUGAAAAAGAGAAAAGCGGAUUCGAUAGAUGUGCAAAUCUUUGUCGACACCACUGAGAACAAAGAGAACACUUGUGAGGCGCUCAUAGCUACAAAUCUACAUGAAGUGUCUUUCGAUAUAGAGAUUCGUGCAGCAGUGCCUGCUAAAUCCAAUGUCGGCUCAGCGGUUACUGCCGUUAAGCACCACCUUAUUAGGAACUUGACCGCAAGAGCGGAAUUACAAUACGAAUCAAUGGACGUCAUCGAAGAAGUUAGCGCGGCUCCAUGUUCUGUGCAUCAGAUGCCUCGUCCUGCCACCACUGUCCUUCAUACACAUCCAGCUAUCUUGUUGUCGGAUUAUCUGUUCGAAGCUGAUACCGUUGAAGAUGCGCAAAAGAAUUUUGAUGAGUUGCUAGGGCUCAAGACCAGUAUAGAACACAUUGACGAAGGCUGGGAGCGAAGUUUGGAGAUAGAAGAAAUGGAAACGGUACGCGCUCCUCUCGAUGACACACCAAUCGCCAAUUACAGAUCGAAAGAAGACGAUGUUGGCUCGAUAUUCACCCUACUGAUUGCUCUUGCAGUAAUUGUUGCAGUUGUGGGCGUUGUUGUAUAUUUUGUAAUGGGAAAAUAA